AUGAUUGACGUACUGGGUCUGGUUGAGCAGUACGACGCGGCACAUCCUGUGCCGCAGAAGGAUCCGCCGGAGAAAGUCUUCCCGGCACGGUCGUAA